AUGAUUCCAGCAAUUUCAAAAAUAGAUAAUAUCAAACUAGAUGAGGAUGGCUACCCGGACAUUCAAGAUUUAUUUCCUGUAUUACCUGUACCACAAGGACGCCGAUCCCCUGACGUAGAUAAAAGCUUUGAUUUUGACAUCGAAAGAAUUGACGUGAACAAGUUCAAGAAAAAGAUGGAGAAGUUCGCCAUGACGUUAAUAAAUAAUAACACCUUAACAGACACUCGGAGACAGAAAAUUCCUUAUAUUAAAGGGUCAUGGGGAAGGGCGCGUUAUACUAUAAUCAAAGCAAAAGUAAUGGAUCUGAUGCUACAAGUGAUAUACAUGGCUCGACACUCCAUACAAUCAAUAGAACGUUCCAAAUUCUUCAGUACAAAAGACACAGGGUACCGCAUCGCAUUCACAUACACUCGCCUUAGGAGACUUUGGAGGAGAAUGAUGGAUAUCUACACUCAUAUACACAAGAAAAUUAUGCAUGUGACAUUGUAUAAUACAUAUUACUAUUAUUUUAAAACCGAACCAUUAAUGCUAGCACACAUGAGAGUGAUAAAGUUGCAUACGGACUUUUUGAAUUUGUGGUGGGUUCUGAUAAAGGUGGACGGGAAGUACACAUCUCAGUUGAGAGGCACAAGCACUACGACUAAAACCACGACCACUCGAGCACCAGAGGUAACUCUAGCAAAAAGUUUAGAAACACAGAUCACAGACAGACCUACUGGCCCUCCGAGACUACCCACACCACAAAGGACAACCAGAACGCCGCUGACAACCCCAACUGAGGAAGGAAGUCGAGUACACAAAUAUGAUAAGAAAUAG